CUUCCUUGAACUUCACUUUAAAUAAAUCACUAAACGGAGGUGAAGGCAGAAAGAUUCACUCACCAUGCAUCUUCAUCAUAACACCAAAGAACCUCCAAAGAUUGUGCUCAGUGGCACCCCACUAGAGAUCGGCCUGCAACAUGGCGCCCAGCUCCGCGCCCAGAUCGAAAGUCAGCUUUCCGUCUACCGGACGAUGUUCCAAUAUACCUCGAAGUUAUCGUGGGAUGCGGUGCUCGACCUGGCCGGGGAGUUCCGCACCACCAUUGCUCGACUCACCCCGGAGCUCCUAGAGGAAAUGCAAGGUAUUGCCGACGGAGCGGGCGUCACUCUGCUGGACAUCAUCGCCUUGAACUGUCGCAGCGAGAUCUCGUUCGGCAAGUUCUCCGACGGCUGCACGAGUCUCUCGCUCCAUCGAUCCGGACGGGGCCGCAUUCUCGCCCAGAACUGGGAUUUCACCACUCAACUGCAGAACCAUCUGGCGAUGGUGGAAAUUAUCCAGCCAGGGAAACCAGUGAUUUACAUGGUUACUGAGGCCGGCCUCGUCGGCAAGAUCGGCUUCAACAGCGCCGGUGUGGGCGUCUGUCUCAACGCCAUCCGCGCCCAUCCCUGUCUCAGCUCCAAACUGCCCAUUCACCUCGCCCUCCGUCUGUGUCUGGAGAGUGUCUCCGUUGAGGCUGCGCUGGAACGACUGUCGGCCCUGGGCGGCGUCGCCUCCAGCCAACACAUUCUGAUCGCAGACCGCACGGCCGCCCUCGGCUUGGAGCUCUCCCCGCUCGGGGACGAUCAUCUGCCCGAGGACGAGUACGGGGUGGUCACCCACACGAACCACUUCCUGGUGAACCGCAGGGUCAUCGAGCCGCCGUGGCUGUCCGGGUCGCCGGUUCGACUGGCCCGCGUGCGUGCGUUGUUGCGAGAAAUCGUCGGUAGUGGCGUUCUGGAGGAUGAGAGCGCAAACAUGGUGGGGACGGUUCUCCGUGACCAGAUCUUCUCCGAUACUUGUGAUGGUCCGCAGUCCAUUUGCUGGCAAGAGGACCCCGCUCAGCCGGAAAUCGUGCGUACGGCGACUUUGUUCAAUAUUGUGAUGCGAUUGGAGGAGGAAGAGGGGGCCUUGGGGGCGGAGGUCGUGUUUGGGAGGCCCGGAUCGGGGAUGGAGAGCUCGGUGAACAGGAUGCCGUGGCGGUAAUGCCUGUAAACUAAGCUCGAAAUACUCGGAGUUCUUCCUGGGCUACUCUUUGUGACGAUAUAUGGUCUGGAGGGCGAUGAUUCUUUGAGUCAGUCCUUGGUGUGGUGAAGGAGGAUUUCGCUUUAGGGUCGAUCACUCGUUACUGCCAGGAUCAAGAAACAAAAAGAG